UCCAGAUACACACAUUUGCCUUUUGCACGCAAACCCAACCGGAAACAGUAAAUACCUCGUUAUCAGUGUAACGUCAGACAGCUAGCCUUCUAGCUAGCUUAGCUAACAACUUUUCAUUCAUUACCGCUUGGGCACUCUCUUUGUUGCUAGCUAACGGAUAGCUGUGUUCCCAGCGGUAGCGGGGUGUCGUUUAUUGUCAGUGAUAUCGCCACGUUUCAAAUGUCUGUGUGAUUAGUGUUCGGGAACCACAUAGCUGGGGAACCGUAUGCAUUGGUGCUGCAACUAAGCUCAACUUGUCUCCCUCUCCGUCCGUGAAAAGAUGAUGGUGGCGUUGAUGAUAAAUGUGUGAGGAGAAAGCUCCCGUGGUCUUGCUGCACCGCACACUUCCUCAUGGAUUCCAGCAAUGACGAGGCACUUGAUAUCAUCAUCACCAAUGUGGUGGCAACCUUCAGGACCAGGUGCCACCUCAACCUGCGCACCAUUGCCUUAGAGGGAAAUAAUGUCAUCUAUAAGCCAGAAUUUGGGAAAGUCCUGAUAAAGCUCCGUAAACCCAAAAUAACAGCCUCAAUCUGGUCCUCGGGGAAAAUCAUCUGCACAGGAGCAACAAGUGAGGAUGAUGCAAAAACGGGUGCUCGCAGGUUAGCACGCGUUCUGCAGAAACUUGGCUUCAAGGUGAGGUUUUCAGCCUUCAAGGUUGUGAAUGUCCUGGCCGUGUGCUCCAUGCCGUUUGCAAUCCAACUUAUAGACUUCACAAAGAAAAACCGCCCCAUUGCCAGUUAUGAACCAGAGCUCCAUCCUGCUGCCACGUACAGGAUCAAACUCAUAAAGGCUACUGUACAGGUGUUCUCUACCGGCAGCAUCACAGUUACAGGACCAAAUGUGCAGAAUGUGGCCACAGCUGUUGAGCAGAUCUACCCACUGCUGUUCGAGUGUAAGAGACCCCUCUGCAAAUAGAAGAGCAAGUGGAAGGAAGAGCAAGUGGAAGGAGGAGCAACGAAAGACAGAGAAGGCGUGACAGAUUUGUUCGCUACAAGUGAGGAAGCACCUUAUCCUCGGAUUUACUCGCUUGAUUUUUAUGGCUCGCUGGGCAACAGCCUCAAACUUCAAACAGGAUCAACAGACUGGACGUCACCUGGAUGAAAUAAAAAAAAAACUAAAAAAAAAAAACUUCAACAACCCCAGUUGGAGUCUUACAAUUUCCCCUCUCCCAAAAAAUGUAUUGUUGUUGUGGAUUGUGUGACUUUGGGGAUUUUAACGUCUUUUUUAAACAUCAAGUUCUUCAGGGGAAAACUGGUUUGACAAAGCUGACAUGAAACUGAAGCUCGAGGCAUUUGUUUGCGCUCACUCUAAUAUUUGUCUCUGAGCAUUUUUUGCAUGGACACAGAAAGACCAGUUUUUUAACCGUCUUUACCAUUUCAAUGCUUAGAAGUUGUGUAACUAUUGCGAAGAGUCAACACUGUCGGUUGGACACUACGCCGUUAGCCCUCUAUACAGGACGUGGUCACAUCUGCUACUCCGUCCAUGGCUCGUUUUGUAGACGUGUUAACGCAAAUACGAGGCAUCCACUGUAUUCCCCAUAUUUCUGCCCAAAGAGAAAAACAACCGUCUAACCGUAGACUAAGUCUUGACUGUUACGCGUGUACGCAAAGUAAGAGCAGGUCCUGUUGCAGAUGGACAUAUCCACUCACAAUAUACAUUCAUCUGAUUUUAAUUGUUGGCUUCUCACAUGUCCUUACUUAGUUUGGUUAGCUCACGAUAAAUGUGUUUGUGACAUUGGAUCAGAAUGGACACAAAUUUUCUAAUUUAAUUUACUGUCAUUUCCUAACAAUAGUUUUAAACACACGGUAAAGAUGAAAUCUCUAUUCCUUUUUUUUUUAGGUCGGGAAAUGUACAGACCAAGAUUGCUGUCCUAAAUGUUUUGAAAUGUAAUGAAAACUUAUGGAAGGGGUUAUUAGGGGAUAUUUUAUGUUUCAGGUGGUGUGUUGAGCCACAGAUCCCUAACUCGCUUUCACUUAAGCCAACUUCUGGCUACUGGACUAGCCAGAUGCUGUCUAAAGGGAAAGACGGAUGCUUGAUACCAACCAGUAGCUGUCUUUCACUCAACACAGCUCCUGGUUAGUCCCAGGCUAAAGUUAAGACAAGUCGAGGCAUAUAGUUCAGGAAUAUAGUUCUUAAACACUGUCCAGAAUUGCUGCAUGGGAACAAGACAAAGUAAGAGACCACUCAGUGAGAAAAUGGAUGGUAAUGUUUAAGUAAAGGACUCAAAAUUACAAUUGCAUCAAGUCAUACAAAGUUUUAUGGCAGUUAAUUCAUCUGAGUUUUUCAAGGAACCAUGCAGUGUUCAAAGAGCCCAUGCUUCUAGUAUUAGCCAGUACCUUAACUGUCUAGGAAGAAGAAGAAAAACACCUUUGUAGAAUAUAAUUUUCAUAAACAACAAAAAACAAUGUUUAAGUGUUUUUAAAUGUGAAAACCUAAUGACAGGCAACGUAGAUGUAUGUAUGGGAUCUGAUGGAAAAGAUGUUGAUAAAACAAAAAACUUGGACAUGUCUCAAGUAUGUGGGAUGGACUUUUUGAACCAGUGUCAACUGAGCAUUUGUGACAUUUGUUCAGAAUUUUGUAUUUUGUAUAAAAAUAAAGGUUCAUUAUAAAACGCCA